AUACAUGCGUAUAAGCAGACAGUGGUGUGAAUAUAAUUUACUUUCAUAAGUGAACCAUAGUUGGGAAGUGAAUUUUUCGUGUCCACAAAAAUAUGGAAAUUUUCAAAUCAUUACCACUUUUCGUGCUCUUGGCGUCAGCGCUGGCUCAAUAUGAAGGCUACGGACUAGAAGGGCAUGGAUUAGACCAAGGUCUCCAAGGUUACGAAGGGUAUCAUCACAGGCCCCUGGUGCAUCAUCAGAUACUGGAGCACCAUAACGAAGACUAUGACGUAGAUUAUCAUGCGCACCCAAAAUACUCGUUCGACUAUUCCGUAAAGGAUCCACACACUGGUGAUGAAAAAGAACACUGGGAGACGAGAGAUGGGGACAAAGUUAAAGGCUCCUACACUUUAAUGGAAACAGACGGAACAAAACGCGUAGUGGAAUACGAAGCGGACGACAAAAACGGUUUCAACGCGGUUGUGCACAGAAUAGGUCACCCAAAGGUCGAGGAAGAAUACAAAAUAGCAAAACCAGUAUAUGAACCACAGUAUCAGGAGGAAUACCAGUCGUAUGACGGAGGGUUUGUGCCCAUCGAAGGAUACGAACAUAGACAUUGAGACACUAUAAUCUAUGAUUUCAUUUUCCUUGUCUAUUACAGUGGUAGGGUAUCGGAGCUAACUUCGCGUCUGUGAAUACAUAAUUCACGGACUGACUAAUUAAUAAUAACUUAGGCUUUUUUAAACUGGACAAGCGACCAUAACUGCAAAACAUAUUAGUAUUAGUAUUACAUAAAAAAUUGAAAAAAUAUUGUUUAUAUUUGUAUUACAGAUAGUUGAAAUAUGAAAUAAAACAUAUGAAACUUCUCAAUUUGGUCGUGUAAUAAAUAUAUAAAGGGUCCAAGUCCAAGGUCUGGGUAAAGUUUUAAUAUAACCAGUAUUAUACAUUGUUUCAUACAUUGGUAUUUUCCCUAAUAUAAUGUAUGAAGUUGUGUAAUUUGAACAUUGUUUCGCCAACCAACAGUGAUAUUCAGAACAGGAGUGUCAUAAAAUCUGCCUAUUGUUGUUUUAUAGCGAGACUGGUGUUCAAUUGUAUUGUGAUUCUUAUAAAAUAUUAUUUUUAGAACUGUAUUUUUAUUCUUGAAUUGAUAAGACUGUAGUAAUGUAGAUAUUAAGUAGUGUACAAAAUUCAUUUAUAAUAAACCUUUUUAUUGUUG